AUGUAAAAUUUUAAAAGAGUUGUUAUUUUAUUAUCUAAAACUUCUGGAAGAGACAAAGUAAGUAUUGAAUAAAUUAUUAUUUGAUUAGUCUUGUAGAAUUUUACAAUAUUUUGGUAAAUUUUGUGCAGAAUAAUUGAAGGAAUUGAAAUAAGAUGAAUUAUCAUUAAAGUGCAAAAAUUUAAGCUCAAACAUGAGUUUAACAAGGAAAGUCUUAAGAUUUGGAAGAACAAUUGGAAUCAUUAUUUCGAUUAUGGAAUUAUCGAAAUAAAAAGGAAAUAAAGCAAUCAUUCUCAAUAAAAUAUUGAUGAACAUCUCUUGCUUCCUUUAUUUCCUUGUUGAUCAUACUCAUUGGUUUUGUAAAGUAAAUUCAUUAUUUAACUUAGAUUUAAGUGAUACAAAACCCAUAACUCGAAGCUAAAGCUGAUUAUUGGAGUGACGCACUUUGGUGCUUUGAGGCGUUCUUUGAUUGCGUGGCAUUAAUUUUAGAAAUUAGAGAAGAAGAAAAUAAAAGUUAAGAUUCAAAGUCACCCCAACGUCUUUUCAAUCUCAAAUUGGACCUAUUAAGAGCCUUUAUGGACUUGUUGGUAUCUAUAAUAUUUUAACUAUGAGAGUGCUUAUGGAUUUAUCAGUAAUGGAAGAGUGCCAGGCAAAUGGAUUGGUUUCUUUGGAACCAUUAGCUCAAUUAUUGGACUUAAAUAACAAUGGGAUGCCGCAAAGUGA